UUUCUUUAAUUUCUGCUUGUAUCUCCAAUCUCCGGAAGCUCAUUAGCAAGUAUUAUUUUAUUUUAAGCAAGUGUUAUUAGCAAGUGUUAUUUUAUCUAAUUUGCCUCUAUAUAUAUUAUGUGGUAUCUCUAGUCAUUGAUACUGCAAACAAAAUAAUGGAUAAAAGAUGGAGUCUUGAAGGUAUGACAGCUCUUGUAACUGGUGGAGCCAGCGGAAUCGGGCAUGCUAUAGUAGAGGAGCUAGCUAGUUUUGGAGCCAGAAUCCAUGUAUGCGAUAUAUCUGAAACACUGCUCAAUCAAAGUUUAAGCGAAUGGGAAAAUAAAGGUUUUCAAGUGAAUGGUUCAAUCUGUGAUGUAUCCUCUCACUCCGAGAGGGAAAUACUUAUGCAAACCGUCUCAAAGUUGUUUGAUGGCAAGCUGAACAUUCUUGUGAACAACGUUGGUGUAACUUGUCCAAAGCCAACAAUAGAAUAUGUGGCAGACGAUUUCUCGUUCCAUAUUUCAACAAACCUGGAAUCUGCUUAUCAUCUUAGCCAACUUUCACAUCCUCUCCUUAAAGCUUCUGAAUAUGGAAGUAUCAUCUUUAUUUCUUCUGUUGGAGGAGUUGUAUCAAUGGAGUGCGGAUCCAUCUAUAGUUUAACGAAAGGAGCUUUGAAUCAACUCGCAAAAGCUUUGGCGUGUGAAUGGGCAAGAGAUGGCAUACGAACGAACUCUGUUGCUCCUAAUUUUAUCUAUACUGCAAUGUCUCAACCUGCUUUGGAAGACGCCGGUUACAAGAACAGUUUGUUUAGUAGAACUCCACUUGGUCGCGCUGGAGAGCCAAAAGAGGUUGCAUCACUUGUGGCAUUUCUGUGUCUACCUGCAGCUUCAUACAUUACUGGUCAAAUCAUCUGUGUGGACGGAGGUCUCACUGUCAAUGGUUUCUCCUAUAAGCCACAUGCUUAAGCCGAGACUUGUGUGUGCUGGUGGCGCAGCGUGGCAGCGUACAAGAGCUAUGAUAAAAUUGAUCCAUUCGAAACUAUAUUAAAUAAAUAAGGACUAUGUUCCUAAACUUUAAUACCCAAUAUGGGUAUGGUGAAUGUAAACAUGUACAAGCAAGCCUUUGUCUUCCCUCUUGCUCUAAGUGUUAGAAAAUUUACAACGUAUGUUUGUCGAAAUAUGAGGGGCUGGAAAAUCCCCUCUGGUCUACUAAUAAAAGGUUAAAUGUAUUACUUCAUAAUU